AUGAGCAUCGUUCCCCAAACCGGUCUUCUGCGAAAACUCUAUCAAGUAGCAGUCGAGGACAUUGAGCACAACUCCUCUGCAUUCUGGCAGGCAUACCUCCAGCGAGCUUUCAAUGAAACCGACACCUACUCAGUCACUACGGAUCCUUUCCCCUGGAGUCCGAAAGCUGAUAUACUGGUCACAAGGUACGAUGACAGGGACGAUAGUACUUUAACAAACGUAAUUCUGGCCGAAUGCCAUCGUCCGGCAGAGAGCUUGCAUGACGUAGAAAAGCGAGCUUUAGAUGUAGCGUUAGGAUUUAUAGAAGCUGAGGAUUUGGCUUGGAUAUAUGUCGUGACUACAAUCAGAGUCUCGUUUCGUGUCUGGGUUCUGUAUGCUUGUAGUGAUGUUCUGGACCCAAUGGAUAGGCUUGAGGGUCGGGGGGAUAGGGAAUUGUAUGAAGAUGCUGAUUCAAAGGAUGCUUCUGUUCUCACAAAGGCUGUUGGUAUGAUUAAGAUUGGCCAGGCUCGACCUUGUGAAGAGGGGAAGAAGAGCUUGUUGGCUGCUGGAGGUGGGAAAGGUUAUGGGAGUAGCUCAGAACAACAGGAGCAUGAUAAUACGGGGAAGCCAGUGUCUGAACAUAUAAAGGGUGGAUGA